UCAGAGCAUAUGUGGCAGCAGGAGACGUGAUGGACAGUUCAUGAGCGUUCCAAAUUUCUGCCUUUCUUUCUGUGUACAUUUAUUUCUUAAGUGUGUGCACUGAAGGACUGGUGAAUACUAUGACUCAGGAUUUGUCUGAAAAAUUUCUAAUUUAAUAUCAAACCGAAAGUUGUCGAAUUGUUUGCUUGCCUGAGAAAAUAGAAAAAUUCAGUUACGUGAAGAUAAUGGGAAUGCAUUCGACAGUGAGUCCUUGUGAUGUACCUUAUUUUGAAAAGAACGAGCGUUCAGAAUAAGAGGGUGUAUUGACGUGCAAAAACGAGCAGGAAAUAUUCUGCCCUGACGCAAUAUUUAUUUCGUUUGCGUGGUGCCAGUUGCAAUAGAGCUUUCAUGGGUCCCCCUUUCUCGGUUGUGAGUGACUUCUGGUAAAACGAAACUACUUAAGGCCGUGGGUUGGAGGAGGUCUCUCGCUUUCCUCGUCAGCCCCGAGUAACAUUCCUCCGAGAGAGAGACGGAUUUCUUGUCAGUUUCUGUUUUUGCACGGCAAGCUGACGUCUGCUUCAAGGGUCCCGCGUUGAACCGACGCGAAGAUGAGCGACUGUGGCCUUUGCCUCAGAUCAGGACAAAGCCGAGAAACUGGAAGAUUAUUCACCGAUGGCCGAAUCGCUGCACAUCAGAACUGCAUGCUUUUUUCUUCAAACCUUGUCAACCACAAUUCAAAUUUUGAAGAUUUCGGUGGAUUUCUUGUUGAAGAUAUCGAAAAAGAAAUUAAAAGAGGAAGCAAGUUGAAGUGCUUUUUAUGCAGGAAGAAAGGCGCAACUGUCGGUUGUGAAGUGAGAAUGUGUAGAAGAUCUUAUCACUAUCCAUGUGCUGUACGUGAUGAGGCAGCAGUUAUUGAAGACAAUGAUAGGGGUAUUUACAGAAUUUAUUGUAAAGCGCAUAAAAAAGAUACGGAAAAUCCAGCAUCCAAUGGAAGCUUCCACAGUAAUGAUGCUGGCAGUGGUACAGAUGAUGACAUUGCUACUGUUGAGGAGAAUAAUCGUCAUCUAGCCUUUAAUAGCAAGAAACCGCAAUCAGGAUUAUCAAAAAGCCUUAAUCAGAGAAAACCUGCUGUGAGAAAGAGGCUGAUCAGUUCUGACACAGAUGAAAGUGAUGACUUGCCAAUAUUUACUGGCUGCUGUGUAAAAGUUUCCAAUAAAUCUCCAAAUGAUUCAAAACAGAGGAAGCUUGAAAGUGGUGAUCAAAUGCAGGACAAGGAGAGAUGCUUUCAGUCCAAUUCUCUUGCAGAAAAUGAGACUCACCCUUCAAAUGAGAGCUCACCCUCCUUGCUCUGCGCAUUCAGUCCUCAGAGUACUCAAGGUGGAACUCAGUUGAAAGAGACCAAUAAGACCAGGCAUGCAGACCCUGAUUCUCCACUCAUUUCAGAUGAACGUGAGCCAAACGAUGCAAGCUGCAGUGAUGCAAGCACAAAUUUAGACCAACAAGAAGUCCAAGAGGAAAUUGGAGACAUACAGCAAGAAGUCGGAAUGCAGAUAAUAGAAGAGACCCCAAGUACAAGCAGAAAACUAUGUUUUACAGGACAAGCAAACACAUUCUGGAGGAAAUGCAAAGAAGCUCAGUGUGUGGAGAUGAUCUUCCAGAAAAUUCAGAAUGAUCUGAAUGUCAUUCAGCAAAAUAUAAUUAAUGGAGAUGCCACAGAUAAAGAGUAUGAGAUUGUGUGGAGUAUACUUAGGACUCUGGAUUCACUUCAUGUACUGUCAGAAUUCCAAUCUGAAAUACAUGAAAAACUGCAACGCCUUGAAGAAGAAAAAUCAACUUUAAAAAUAAAAGAGUGUCUCGUUGAAGAGUUGAGAAAGAUAGCUGGAUCACUCACUCAUAAAUCUCACAGAGAAAACUGAUUGCUGUCGUGCAACUCUCUCCCAUUCUGAAGCUGUACUCAUUGGAAGUUGUGAGCUUUUGCACAUUAGCAGUAGGCAGUAUAUCAUCAAGUGGAGAACGCAGAUACUCUAGGCCACCCGGGUUCCAAGUAUCAUGAGGGAUUCAAGCCUGUGUGGGAUAGAUGGGAGGCAAUCAAGGUAUCAUUGUGCUUAUUUUCCUGGGAACUUUGCUGAUUGGUCAAGAAACACGCCUGAAAUCGGGGCUUUUUAAACCUAGUUUUAACAUUGGAUACUGAGCGUGGCUGCAUCAAUUCUUGAGAGGCCAAAGCAUGCCUCUGGGCACCAGAGGAAUUAUGGGGACAUAUUGGAUCUUCAUACCAGCUUGGCAUUUGGACUGGCUGCCAGAUAUUAUGCUCAUUCAGAGUUAGUGGGACAUAUUGAUGGAGACCAACAUCUUCACCAGUCAGCUGUCAAAAUAAUUCCAAUCUCCUAUAAAAUAGCAGAUUGCAAAAUCUAAGUUGUUAGUCCAACUCAUGGUAAGUACUGCAGGAGCUACUGAAAUUAAUAAUACUGUGCUUCAAGCACAACUGCUGGCCUGACUCUAUAACCACAUUGCAAAAUUCUCAUUCUAAAUGGUUACACCCACAAUUUCAGUGUUAAAAUUUGAUAUCAAAAGUCGAAGUUCUGCAAGUCAAAAUAAGCCAAAAGAUUUAUGUUUGUUUAUAGAUAGAUGGCACUGACUAUUUGAGUAAUAAUGUAUGUGCUAGAAAAUGUUACCAAAACUAUGAUGUGCAAUUUAAAUGUAAAUAGUUAACCAGGAGACACUCCUUAUCAGUCAUUUGGAUGAGAAACUAUUUUCGAUGUUACAACUGAAUUUGUUAAAAGCUGUAAAGCAAACAAACAUGGGUAGAUGUUUGCUCCAACUCUCACUUACCUACAUUGAUGAGACCACACCUAGAAUGUUGUGUAUGGUUUUGGUCUCCUUUUGAAAGAAGGGAUGGAUGUAUUUGCAUUAAGGUAUUUCAGAGAAGUUUCUCAAAGUUGAUUGCUGCAUGAAGAGAUACUCUAAUAAGGAAACGUUGAGCGGCUUGGACUUUUGAUACGAGUAAGGUGAUCCUAUUGAGAUGUUGAGAAUUUGACAAGGAUACAUGCUGAAUCACACGUUAUGUAGAGGAAUGUACAACUAUAGAACAUAAUUUCAGUGUAAGUGAUCAUCCAUUUAAGAAGGCGAUGAAAAGGGUUGUGAAUCUUUAGAAUUAUAUAUAUCAGAAGGGCGAGAUAGAGGAAA